AGGGGAGGGUUAAGGGUGGAAAGAGGGGGCGGGCAAGGACGUGAUGGGCACUUCGUCAAUCAAUCAGGGUGAAGAUUAUCCUUAUGCAUAUGGACAGACAAAUGAUCAUGUAGAUAGAUCGCUGGAGAUUCAGCAGCGCCCGCUAGCAAUUUGCUAGUGUGGCUUUGACUGUCAAAGUUCCCCAGAUGAAGUGGCAAGAGUGAAUGAGUGUUGCUUGGGGUACGGGUGGAAACAGAAGCAGGCGGGCACUCCUAUGGAUUCUUUCGGAUGAGAGAGAGAGAGCGAGAGAGCGAGAGAGAGAGAGAGAGAGAGAGAGAGAGAGAGAGAGAGAGAGAGAGAGAGAGAGAGAGAGAGAGAGAGAGAGNGAGAGAGAGAGAGAGAGAGAGAGAGAGAGAGAGAGAGAGAGAGAGAGAGUCACAGUGCCUGUCUCUCUCUCCUCCCCCCCCACCUGCCACUUUCCUCGUUUCUCUUGCUCUUGCCUCUACCGGCGUUGUAAAGCUCUUGGACGGCGAAGCGGUCAUUUGCAACGGAUACAGACGGAUCACUGCUGGGCCUUGUCCUGCGAUCUGCUUUGCAGGCUGGCAAACACUUGACCGACAUGACCACGAAAAUCCGAGGAAAACGAAGGGAUACGAAGCCGGGAAUGACGGCAAUGGUGACCAAAACGACAACCACAACCACGAUGACGACCAAAGUUCUGAAGAAGAUGCAGGUUGUAGAAUGUCCGUCACCAAAUCCGAGAAAGCGCUCGCGGAAAGAGUCUGAGGGGACGGCAGACGUGCCGACCAGCCCCAGGAUGCUCACCGUGGAUUCUCUGAUCACAUCGUCACUAAGGAAGAGGCGCAAAUCUUCAGCUGAUCUUGCCGCCCUGAGUCCCUUGUCUCCAAGUGGGGUCAUCUCUUUGACUUCACAAGCAAAGGAACAGGCAUCUGCGUCAGGACCUGCGGAAAAUGAGGUCUGCCGGGAUCUUAGCAGCUUAUUUGCAUCUGCUGCUGUUGAAAGCGUGGAGAUCAGCCGACAGGAAAUUGUGGUGUCGCUGCAUCACCAUGAGGCCUGCAACAAGAGUGGAGAUGAGGAGGAAAAGUGUGAUUCAGUCCAAGAACACAGGGACGCUCUCCGAGCUGCUGGGGGUCUGCUGCAACCUCGCAGCACAGGCAUUUUGGAGACCAUCUUCUCCCCUGUCUUCAAGGUGUUUGGUGGGGGCACAACAUCUAGCAGGGCCUCAACAGUCUCGGCGCAAGAGAUCGAAGGCGAAGGGCGGAGUGAUGUCUCUGCAACAGCAGCGUCGACCGAGGCCAAGCCAAAGGAGAACGGGAGGAGCGUGAGUGUUCGGUGCCGAGCCACAGUAGUCGCGAAGCGGCCAUCGCAGGAAGCGACUGUGGCCUCACCCAAACAAAGUAAGGCGGGAACGAAAAGAGCGACCACAGCAAAGAGUAAAUCCGCAACAGAGAAAACCGUGCAGGAUAAGGGUGGGCGCGCACAGGGAGCAAAGGGAAAUAAAACUACGACGGACGAGGCGGGGGAGAAGCAACCAGACAAGGUUGAUGACUCGUCAAAAGCUCCUGCCAAGCAGAGUAAGCAGCAAGAGCGGAAGGCAGCUCGAAGGCCUGCCGAGAGCCAUAGCACAAGUGAGUGCAGACAGGAUGUGUCGGACAAAGCGGAGACACAGGGAUCGGAACGAGGAAUGCUCGACGAGUGUGCAGCUACAAAUGGCGACGAGCCUCCCGCUGAGGCGAUGGAGGUGGAGCAACCGAUUCCCGCGGCGUCUGCGGAGGGCGGCAAGGACAUGGACGAGGCCAGGAAAGACAGUGAAGAAGCUGCAGUUGCUGCCCGAGAAGAUGACGAAGCUAUGCUAAUGGUGUCGACAAGCUGUGCCACACUUGAGUGUAUAGAUGAGGAUGGUGGUGAUCAAGGUGGAGUUGAGGAAGAUGACGAUUUUGACGACUUCGAUCCAUACUUGUUCAUCAAACGGCUCCCAAAACUCUCCGACAUCGUAUCAGAGUGCCGUCCGCAUCUGCUUCCGAAGCAGACACGGAGAUCACCACCCAUCUCGCUUGUGCUUGAUCUGGAUGAAACCCUCGUUCAUUCCACACUGGAGCUUUGUCCUGAUGCUGACUUCUCUUUCCCGGUUCAUUUCAACAACCAGCAACACAUGGUAUACGUGCGACGUCGUCCACAUUUGCAGGCCUUCAUGGAACGUGUCGCGGAGUUGUUUGAGAUUAUUGUUUUCACUGCAUCGCAGAGCGUGUACGCAGAGCAGCUUCUGAACAUCCUCGAUCCGCAGCGUAAACUUAUCCGCCAUCGCGUUUUUCGAGACUCGUGUGUAUAUGUUGACGGCAACUACCUGAAGGACUUGAGCAUCCUCGGAAGGGAUCUUUCAAAGGUUGCGAUCAUUGACAACUCGCCGCAGGCUUUUGGAUUUCAGGUGGAUAACGGCAUUCCCAUCGAGAGUUGGUUUGAUGACCAGUCAGAUUGUGCAUUGCAACUGAUUCUCCCCUUCUUAGAAACCCUCGUUGGAGUGGACGAUGUGCGGCCAGUGAUUGCAAAGCAGUUCAAUUUGCGAGAAAAGAUUGCAGCCGCCGCGGAACCCCCUGGAUUCGCUGAGAGAGCCGAUGCAUUGCUGCGUUGCCCUUAGUUGGGGUGGGGGUAAGUAACUGACUGGCAAGAAGAAGACAAGUGCUAUCUGCAACCUUUGAAGUUUGAGCGCAUCAAGUCAAAGGGCUUCGCAGUUGGCGGUUGCCAUGCCAUGCGACUACUGUGCAUCGACGACUCCUGUUAUAUACACGGCUCGGCUUUGUGUUGCUACAAAUGUAUAAGCGUCUGAUCCUGCAUUACCUCAGCUGAAAUUUUCUCCCAAGUUCCUUGUCCGUAGAUCUUGAGUAGAUUGCUUGCUUGUUGUCCGCGUUGUUGUCAUUUGACUAACCCGCUUUGCGAUUCCCAGCGAGAUUGUGGAGGGAGGUCUGUGAGUGCGUUGAUUAUUCAUUUGUCCCGACAAAAUCUGCUUUCGUGCACAUGGGAGUUGGGACUAUUGUUAGAAGUCUGAAUGGUUAUGAGCACCAACGAGACCCUUUUUACACCCUCGUCUCUUUCCCUGGGUGGGUGGUGGUGGUUUGUGGGGAGGAGGGGGGGGUAAGUGUGCAAAUGUAUGUGAUUGAUUGGGUGGGUGAAAGGUCAUCCGUCAAAGUCUGCCCAUUGAUUGAUACAGCCGGAAUGUACGCAACCGCAUUUGUGCCGCGCACAGGUCUGCUCUCUCAGCUUUUCUGCUGGACAGGCAAUGGCUGGGUUGGAUUUGAGUUCCGAUGUGUGAUUAGCAUGAUGAGUGAAUGAAUGAGUGAAUGCCGCUCAAUUCAAAUCAUUCAUUAUGUACAUUCUCUGUCCGGUGAUGCUUGCGGGAGGGUGCCUGUCUAUUUGGAACACAUAAUUUAUUACACUGAGAAGUGUGCAUUUGCACAAAAUCGUCGUAGUUGUUGUGACUGCCAUAGGGAGAAGCAGUUUAAGGAUCCGUGUAAACAUGAGGUUUUAGAAUGUUUGUGAAAACGGUGCGAUUGCACAUACAUGUGGAUGAUGUGGGCUACCACUUUGGUAGUGUUGUCGCAAUGCCGAUGAGGAGGGAUGCGUUAACUAACAUAUAGCUGUGGAGACGGCUGGUGGUGUUUGACGAGUGAGUGGCAAAUAAGGAGCGAUGCAGGUGGGAGAACAAUACUCCCCACACAAUGCGACAAAUUGUGGUUCUGUGGAUGGUUGUUUCUCCACUUCAUAAAUUCCCUUGAUUUAGCAGCAUCGGGAAGCUAGAGUAGAGAGAGGUACGAGGUUGACGUCCAUUUCCUAGUUUGAUAUUUAUAGUGAGGGAGUUGAGAAGCAGUUUUAGGUUCACAUCUAGUUUUGUCUCUUCCUUGUUCGCUUGUUAUAAUCUGCCGGCGAAGUUUCUUCCUGGAAAUGGGCCAGACUGCUAAUCUGACACAAGGGAAUCCAACACGUGUUCACACUGUUAGUGUAUGCCUGGUGAUUCUUCUCAGAAGUUACAAGACUGGGAUUUGCGUGUGCGCAUGGAGUGUGUAGGUGUGUACGCGCGUGGCGUGCAUGUGUGUGUGUGUGUGUGUGUGUGUGUGUGUGUGUGUGUGUGUGUGUGUGUGUGUGCACGUGUGUGAACCUCCCGAACAGUCUUUGUGUGGGUGCAUGUGUGAGAUGUUGGUAGGUUGGCGGCAUUGAAACGAACGGUAUUUUUUUCGGCACAGGAUUUUGGGUUUUGCACAAAGAGAUCGUGAACCGGGUCAUCAGCACGUAUAGUGUGGCUGGUUUGCACUCAGAAGAUGUGGAGUUUUUUGUGUGAAUACAAUUUUUAAGAUGCGUGAUUGGUAGUCAAAUACUCUCCGGCGAUUAAUCGGUUGGCAAAGAAGCGGAAGCUUGAGCGCAGGCAACUAUGGUUGCUUACGGCUUCUCAGUCUGUGUACGAGAGAGCGAGAGAGCGAGAGAGAGAGAGAGUUUCUGUGGUGUUGUAGGGAGUGGUACAAUACAUGACUAACUGUUUGAUAUGACCGGACGUUUUGUGUGAAGGUAGGGAUACUAGUCAAAAGUUUUUCUUGCAGAGUGCUGGAGCAAAAGGGGGCGAUGCUGUACUUCGGUCAUACGCAUGCCUCUGAUUGAUGCCUGGAAAGCAAAGUGGCGUAGACAGGUAAGUGGUGGGGACCAUCAGUACAAGGGGGGCCGUUGAGAGUAUUGGUCCCAUUGCCGAGGGAAUAAGGUGACUUGACUCGUUGACACAAGAGGAGCCCUUAUUGAGAAGAACAGCAAGAGAGUUUCGGACGUUUGCACCACCUGCUGUACAUUCCGUAGAGGAGAUCUGAGAGAGACUGCUACGAGUGCUGUGCGGAAAUGGGCCCAUGGUACCAAAGUUCCAGUUGGUUGUAAGAGCCCAUGGUACCAAAGUUCCAGUGGGUUGCAAGGCCCCAUGGUACCAAUGGAGUCCAGAUCUGAAGAUUGCUCUUCUGGUCUGCAUGAAGUUAGUGAUCGUGAGAGAGACUGCUACGAGUGCUGUGCGGAAAUGGGCCGUAAUCAGAGAUGCAGAAAGUAUAUUCAGCAAAAAAUACCUCGUCUUUCACAAUUCUAGCUGUGGAGGCUAUUCAAAUUAGUGCUCCCUAAUUAUGCUGGCAAGGCGCAGACAAACCGCAUGGUGUCCGAUUGUCGAUCAUGGUGCUUUGCAUAGUUGUCGUCUUUUGCUUGUUGCAGUGUUUGAGACUUUUUAGGGUUGAGUGUUCUCGACUCUUCUUAGGCUAAUUAUGCAGGUAAGUUAUUUCUGUGGAGGUGGGUGUUCUCUGUCCGUCCACCAACAAUCUCUCACGUUGAGUGUUCUCGACUCUUCUUAGGCUAAGUUAUUUCUGUGGAGGUGUUCUCUCUCGACCGACAAUCUUCACGUGCACGAGCAGGAUGCGCCAACCCUGUCUGAUAAAAGAUGGCCAACUCUCUCCUCUCUUAUGUCUGUUCAGUCUUGCUUUCCUUCCUUCCUUCCUUCCUUCCUUCCUUGCUUCCUUCCUUCCUUCCGCCUUCUUCGUGGGAGUGAAUCAGCAUUUGCUAGGUCCUUUCUUCGCCUUUCUUCUUGCUGGAAUGAAGCACAAUCUGUUUGUUGUGCAUUCAAGAUGGCGGGGCAUGAACGGGUUUGAUUUGUCGGAGAUGAACGUGACCGUGUAUGUGACCGUGUACAUUGUUUGAGUCUGGUGACGGUUUGUUUGCGGUGUGUGCUUUUUUUAGAGAGGCCCCCUAGAUGAUGUAGAAGCAGAAAGAGAGAUCCCUUCCCUCCCCUCUCUAUUACUAAUUUCCCUGGCUUUCAAAGCCAGACACAACCUUGGGAGUGUUGUUCAGAUGGCCUGUGAUUGUGUAUGGACUCUAUGGAGGGCUUAGUUACCUUUUCGAUGUGUUGUUGGCACAUAUGGAAGACGCGACACACAUUUUAUGUACCAUAUAUAUGUAUUGGAAAAAGGGCGAAAGAGAGAUCCUUGUCUCAAUCAAGUAUAUGUUUCUCGCUGUUUGUGACAAUUGAUAUAGCUGCUUGGACAGUAGCAGAAGCAGUGAUUGUGCGCCCGUGAUGGUUGAGCGUUGAACUGUGGCUUGUGUUAGCUCCUCUGGAUGUGUUUAUUUUUCUGCAUCACAUAGUUUUUUUUUCAGAUUUUUUUUUUUUUUUUUUUUUUUUUUUUUUUUUUUUGCUUGGACCUUACCUGAUCCCUGCACGGGCUGGCCACCCGGGACCCGGGCGGCCCGGCUGGUAGCCUAGGUGCAAGUUCAUAGUUUAAGAGAUGUGAUGAAUUGGAUGUGCAAGUUACAAUUUGUAUGAUUAUUUUUGAUGUUUUAAUAGUUUUAUAGCUUUAGAGAUGCGUCAUAAUGAAUUGAAUAACACUCG